UCCUGCUGGUGGGCAAGUGCAAGAUAAGGGAGACAGGCAACGCUACCACUCUGGCGCGACUCUGUCACCAGGUGGAAGUUUUGGGGUGGGUGGGCGUGACCCUUGACCCGGAUGACCUGACUCAGCUGACCUCGCUGCAACACCUGGUCAGGUCACACAACAUAGUGGCAGUAGUGGGUCUUCACGCUUUCCGCUCUGCUCGUAUCCUGCUGACCUGCCAGGAGGUGGGACUGCCUUACCUGGUGGUGUUCGGGGGUACAGACGUGUACGAGUGUAUUAAGGAAGAGAUGAAGUUGAGGGUAAUGACCCAGGUGGUACUCGGAGCCUCACAUCUACUAGCCUUCCACGAUGAUGUUCGCAACAUCAUUCUGCAAACCUGGCCGUCGCUUGAACAAGACAGAAUUUCCAUAGUCCCCCAGUCAGUCGUCGUUGAUCCCUGCCCUGACUUCAAUGUGUCGUCCUUCCUCACCACACUGGACGACGCUCAUGAACAAAAUAUCGCUUAUAACAGCGACGUCACAUUUGAAUUAAAAGGAAAAAACAACCAAGACGCGAGAGAAGAUAAAAUAGACAAUAACAUACCCUUUAGAGAGCUGAACAGUGCAAAAGAAAACCUCACUGGAGAAACCACGGUCAGCUCUUCGGUACAAGAGAAGCUAAUACAAAACUGCUGGACUAAGUGUGGUGCAAAUUCACCAGAUAAACAUGAAGACUUACCGGAGAAGUUUGAGCCUCUGGUGGUGCUGGUGGCCGGCCUGAGACCCGUCAAGGUACCACUUUAUACUUGUUCUAGAUAA